UUAGUCUAGGCUAAUUAGCAGCUGACAAUUAUGUCUCGAAAGAUCAUCUCCCUUGUUUCAACCAUUGGUCUGUCUGCCGGACUGGGAACUGUACUCGGUAUCAACUAUGAAAGACACAACCGAGAAAAGCAUUUGAGUCACCUGAGAGAUUUAUUCAACCUUCCAACAAUCAAAGCAGCAGAAAAAGAGUCAGUUAAACUUCCAGCCACUCAAAACAAGACCCUCACUGUAUCCAAAGACCACGUUGACGCUAACGUCCCAAGCAAUGCCACUCAAAUCAUGCGCUUUGGCUUCCCAGGUUACGAUAGCAUAAAAACAAACCAUGACUAUGUCCUAUCUUAUGAUAAAAAGAAUCGUGUUCCACAUUGGGUUUACGAGCACUUAUCAAGGACGAAAAUGAACGUCCCGAAAAACUUGACUGAUCGAAACCAGUCAGAAUUCCUACCCGAUAGAGCAAUUCAUCGCUAUUUCCGUGCUACUAAUGAGGACUAUCAAGGGAGUGGAUAUGACCGCGGCCAUCUUGCGGCAGCGGCAAAUCACCGCUUGUCACAGGCAUCAUAUCAGGAGACAUUCUUAUUGAGUAACAUUGCACCGCAGGUUGGUAAUGGUUUCAAUCGACAUGCUUGGAAUGACCUAGAGAAGAUGACAAGGUCACUUGCCAGAAAUUUCAAGAAUGUCUAUGUCUGCUCAGGACCACUCUAUUUGCCCAGGAGAGAAUCAGAUGGCAGAAACUACAUCAGAUAUGAAGUGAUCGGCCAAAACAACAUUGCAGUACCGACACAUUUCUUCAAAGUCCUGAUUAUGGAGACGGAGCAAAAUGAUCUGGAAUUGUUAUCAUUCAUCCUGCCAAAUCAAUGUUUGCCAGAAAAGGUCGACUUAAAUGCAUUUGUUGUACCAAUUGACUCUAUUGAACGAGUAGCUGGGCUUGUAUUUUUUAAUGAGAAUAAUCCGCCAAGGUUUAAGAAAAUUAACGGGAGGAGAUUGUUCUAAGAGUUUUUUUCUCAUACGCCAAGCAAGAUUCAAAGGGGUUAACGGAGAAAGCGGAUCAAACUAGUUGGCCUCAUCGCCACCAGGGGUGCUAGAAUCUUAUAUAAUAAUGCAGAUUGUUGAUGUGUAUCUACAUGCUGCCGGAGUGGAACAAAGGAAACAGCCCCUGUCACCUCGGAGGUCAUGGGU